GGGACUCCCAGGCUGAGCAGAUGGAAUUGUGGGAAAAGAUGAAAUGAGAGACGGCUACUUCAUCAACUGCAUGCUCAGCGGGGCUCUCGGCUGACUUAUUUCGCGAUCCGCGGAUCCCACUCCGGAGCCGCCGACCCGCUGGCGGCUUCCUCCACACCCGUCUUCCGCGACGGCGGGCGGGCUGCUGAUGCUCCAGUGAGUGCGAUGCUGUUGUCCCCCCAUUUAAUUCUGCCCUUUGUGAUUGUGUUGCGGAGCCGCUCAAGCGAGUCACAAUAACACAUGAGCCGGUCGACUGGUGCUCAAAGCCGGGUUCUGACACCACCGCCCCAUCACAGUGUUGGCAGCAGGAAGCGGUUCGGUGAGGGAUUAAAACACGGCAAGACCACAUCUGGUUGUUUUAUGGGUCUCACUCAGGACUAAGUUGGUUUAAUGAGCCGCCGACGCCAUCACGGAAGAGGAGGAAGACAACAGUUUCAAUGGCUACCUGAGCGGAGUUGAUGAGAACCCAGCAGAGCUUUGAGCAAGUUACAUACGCGCAAGUCAAAAGUAUGUUUCCGAAGUCCAAAUCCUCGUGCCUGAAGUAAAUCCGCGAGUUACUGUGGCCAAAAAUCCAAUCAAGUCAGAUCAAGUCCUCGCUAAAUCUGAAGCGCUUAAAGUCAUCACUUGGGUUAAGCAAUCCAUAAGUCAAGUCAGAUAAUUUUGUUCAGUUACAACAUGCACAUUAGCGACUUUGCGCUCAGGAGCUAGUUAGCUGCACUAGCUCAAUAUCCCUAAAUUUUGCGAGUAAUGAAGGUGGAAUGGACUGAGUAGGGAUAGACCUUGUGGAGUUUUUGACCAACACCACCAGAAAAAGGAUGUUAGUUACAUAAAAAUAAAAAUAAAAAAGACACUGGCCUCGCAAUCAGGGCAAGUCAAUCAUGGAGAGACAUGAGACUUUGCACUUCCUCCACGGUUUCGAUCUAAGCGGCCACUUCGUCGACGUCAGGCCGCUUGGCGCCGGAGGGACCGGGUUGGUCCUGUCGGCCGUGGACCAGCGCACGGGACGCCGGGUGGCCAUCAAGAAAUUGGCCAUGCGCGACGCCGUCACGGUGAAGCACGCGCUGAGGGAGGUGAAGAUCACCCGGCGGCUGCAUCACGAGAACGUGGUUCGGGUCCACGAGGUCCUGGCCCCCCACGGCCGCCCGCCGACCAGGGACCCGGCCAAACUCGGCGCCUUGUACGUCAUCCAGGAGUGCAUGGAGACGGAUUUGGCUCGGGUUCUUGAGCAAGGACCGCUCUCGACAGGUCACGCUACUCUGCUGUUCUACCAGCUGCUGCGGGGGCUCAAGUUCAUCCACUCGGCCAACGUCCUUCACAGAGACCUGAAGCCCGCCAACAUCUUCAUCAACACAGACCAACUGCUGCUCAAGAUCGGAGACUUCGGCCUGGCCCGGAUAGUCGACCCGCACUAUUCUCAUAAGGGCUAUUUGUCCGAGGGUCUGGUCACUAAGUGGUACUGUUCCCCUCGCCUGCUGCUGUCCCCCAACAACUACACGAAGGCGAUCGACAUGUGGGCUGCAGGCUGCAUCUUGGCGGAGAUGCUGACGGGGCGCAUGCUCUUUGCAGGAGCUCACGAGCUGGAGCAGAUGCAGCUGAUACUUGACACCGUGCCGGUCAUCAGAGACGAGGACAGACAGGACCUGCUGCAGGUGAUGCCUUCGUAUAUUAAUCAUGGCUGGAAAGUCAAGAAGCCGUUCUCUGUGGUGCUGCCGGAGGUUCAUGCAGAAGCUGUGGAUUUCCUGGAGCAAAUCCUGACGUUCAACCCCAUGGACCGUCUGACGGCCGAGGCGGCGCUGUCCCACUCCUUCCUCCGCCAGUACUCGUGUCCCGAGGACGAGCCCACCUCGUCCCAGCCCUUCCGCAUUGAGGAUGAACUGGACGACAGCCUCGUCGCGGGACACAGCCUCAGCAACAGUCUGAGCCGGCCCUCCAGCAUCCCCUGGGACAGCUUGUCAACAGAUAUGAGCUGGCGGCAGUCAAGCAUGCCUUCGGGUCACGUGACCUCAGAUAUGGUGGACACCACCGAGCAAGAGGAGGUGCAGAGGGACCCCAGAGCCAGCUGCGGCUCACUUCUCGAGGAGGCCCAGGUGGACCCACGUAAAUAUUCUCACAGCAGCUCCGCCGAACGCUACCUGGAGAACUCCCACUCCUCUCUGGACCGGGCCUGCGGUUUCGGGCUCAGCGACCUGGACUGCGGCCGCUCGUGCGACUACAAGGUGGGCUCGCCGUCCUACCUGGACAGGAUCGCGUGGCGGGACGGCAAACCUCAGCACUACUCGGAACCCCGGCUCAUUCUGGAUCUGUCUCACUGGAAGCGCAACAGCAGCAACCCUCCGGUGCCCGUCCGGCCACUCGGCGGAAGCGUGGAGGACGUACGGGACCUGAACGUGGAUGACCGGGUUACGGGAACGGGGGAUUUAUUUCAGGAGAUCUCCCGCUGGGUGGAGAGCACCCAGUCCCGUCUGUCCUCACCCAGUCCGAGUCUGUCUUUGGAGCGGCGCUGCUGCUACGGCUCCUCCCCGCCUCUUCCGCUAUCCCCUACGGAGCUCUCGACUCCGGUCUUCCACUACCCGAACGUGGAGCCUCAUCAGUUCCCCGACGAGGACAGACUCAGUCCCUUCCCGCCCGUCAGCCCUCCGCCUCUCUGCCCCCACCUCCCGUCCACUCCCACCUCUCCUUGUUUUCCUCCCCCACCCCUCUCCACCACCACCACCUCGUCCACCGACGUCCGAGCCGACCAGUCGCUUCCUGUCAAGCAGAAAGAACGCCUUUUCGACUUGGACGUGUUCAUCUCCCGGGCGUUGAAGCUGUGCCGGCAGAAUAAGGAGAAAGGUGAUGGGAAAGGGCGGCGGGAGGAGAGCAAGCAGGCGAACAUCAACAGCAGGUUGUCUAGACCUCCUGAGCACAGGACACCCCCGCAGACUUAAACACCACAGCAGGAUUUUACACAACAGAGGUUGUUUUUUGUUUUUUUUUUAAAAAAAACUUGUUUCACCUCUUUUUCCAGCAUUCCAGCAAAUGCUUUUUUUCCCGUCAGACCAACGUGACUCCAACUUUUGAGGUCACUCACUAGGCCACGCCCCUCAAAGGCACACAUCCGAGUAAUCAGGAGAAUCAGAAUCAGCUUUAUUGCCCAGGUAUGUUACAAGAGAUGCAAGGAACUUGUCUCAGGUACUUGGAACCAAUCUAGUUUGACAACAAACAGCCAUUACGACAAAAUAUGAAUUUAGGACAUGAAAAACACAAGUAUGGUGAGUCGUUGAGAAAUGAAACUGUACCACUAGUGUGGUGAUGCUGAUAUAAUGGCAAAUAAAUACUAUAGUACAUACAGUAGUGACAAAAACACACAUUCUUUACAUUUACUUUGAUUUUGUGUUUAUUAUGGUUUCAUGCAAUUGUUAUUUUCUUUAUUAAAAAAAAUAUAAAUUUGGGUGGGGGCUGGAAUGGAUUAGUAACACCUCAGUUCAUUUCAAUGGGAAUAAUGGAUUUGGAAUACGAGUGAAACCUAAAACACAAUCAGCCCAUUACACCCAACCCCACCAGGCCCCGCCUCUUAAAGGCACGGGUAUGUAUCUUACACAGAUACUAAAAUAUGUACAGUACCUUCAUUUUGUGAUUGGUCAAAUACGUUUACAUUGUAUUUAUAAAGUGUGCUUUAAUCAUUUUAACUGUGUUUUAACAAGUUUAAACAUGUUUAAAGCAUGUGGAAGGGUAAACCCUCCUCCCAUAAAAAAAUAAUCUACAAAUUAGAUUUUUUUUUUCUGUCAUAUAUUAGUUAAAGCAUCUCUUAAACAAUCCCAAUGCGUUGUACAAGGCUUUUCUCAGGCCGUGACAAAUCGUAAGACCAACGGGAACAACCCUACGUGUUGACAUUACACUUACUUCACGCCGUAUGUGCCAAACUAGACCAGAUUCGACAUCUCGCAUCGUUUUACGGAAAAAUCUGUUCUGAAAUUCUGUUGUCCAAGCACUUUUUUUCCCUCACCCAAGUUUUUAAACAUGAAUUGGACUGUGUACUAAAUCAUUUCCUCGCCACUAUUUUCCAUGAUAUCUGAUUGAAAAUCCAAUUUGUUGUUCUUUGAUAGCAAUCAGAUGUAGGGGCAAUUUGGUAUAUGUACGGUAAUUCCCCGCCUACGGAGCGCACCUGGUUAUAAACCUCGGUACACGGAAAGAGUUAACGCUAGUUUUCUUGCGGGGCUAGCGUUAGCACGGGGCUAUCCCUGCUAAAAAAUUUCUAGAGAAAUUCUGUAGAAAUCUAUAGAAUUCUAUAGAUUUUGUUCAGAACAACUUGUUCUGUAGAACACUUGCUGUGAUUUUCUGUAGAAUUUCUACAGAACAAAAAUGUUUCUAUAGAAAUUCUAUCGGACCUAAAGUUAUAUAGUUCUUUAGAAAUUCUUUAGAAAUGUUCCGUAGAACCUUUUUAGCACGGUAGUGUUAGAGCAGCGCCAACAUUAACGCGGCAUUAGUGUUAAUGUGGCGCUAGCGUUAGCACGGCGCUAGCAUUAGCACGGCACUAGCGUUAAACUAUUUCUGUGUACCUCGGCUUAUAACCAGGCGCGCUAAAGCUAGCGCCGCAUCACCGCAUAAACCGCAGGAUUGAAAUCGUGUGAAAAAAGUCGCGGCUUGUCGGCCGGAAAUGGUACAGUACCGUUUACAUUUAAAUAGUUUUCAGCCAUAACGGCUGUGUGGCCUGUAGCAAAAUUAAAUUUUACCAGCUUUUUUUUUUUUUU